CGCAGCUUCUAUUGUUUUGCAUAGUCAAAUUUCUCUUCUCUUUGCUUUCCACUUCUUGUCAUCCCUCCCACCCAUCUCCAGCCACAGUCCCGUCAAUCUUUCAUUGCUCUGUCUUCUUUUUACCAUACCGGUUUCCGUUACUUCGCCGCUCUUCUCACUCACCGCAAUGGGUGACAACGACAAGACUGUUCUGCAGGAUGACCCAGCCGCUAAUGCUCCUGACGCUGCGGCUGCGGAGAAGGGCAAGGGAAAGGCCAAGGCCGUUGAAGAGCCUGCGCCUCAGGAUUUGAGCGAAGAUGAAAGUGAUGAAGGCAGUGGGCCUGAGGAUAUCAUCCCCGAAGAAGAUGAUGAUGACGAAGACCACGACAAUCUCGAGCCGAUCUCCGCUGAUAAUAUCAUCCAGGGCGGACGACGCACUCGUGGCAAGCAGAUAGACUUUGCCGAGGCAGCCGAGAAGUCUAGGGAAGCUGGAGAUGAUGAGAUGGAAGACGACGAAGAUGAUGAGGACUUCGCCGCUGAUGAAGACGGUGAAAUGCGCGACUAAAAAGUGUCCAUGCAUGGCGUCUUUUACAUAACUUUACUUUUCUUCCCUUUCUCUUUACUUUUUUUCACUAUCUACAAAUCAUUCGGAUAAAGUGGGUCGGACAUUUGUUAACUGGAAAGGCUCAGUCAAAGGCGCCAGGUGAUGGUGAUGUUUUUUCCUUAUUAUCAUGAUCUUUCACUUUUUCUUUUUUUUAUUUGCUCGAUGAUGGCGCAUUAAAUGACAGGAAUGACUAUCGGUCAAUAAAACCCUUUACUCUUUUCUCAAAGAAUAAUACCUCGUGAUUAUUCUAGACAUAUGCCUUGGAUUUAUUUACCUUUAAUGGUUAACAAGAUACUCGCUGGUUCGUCUGUCC